AAAUUUUCUUCUAUGAUUUGUACUUUUGGUGUCUUAUCUAUUUUUGCUGACUUUAAGGUCAGAAAGAUUUUUCAAGCUUUAUAGAUUUUGCUCUGCAUUUGUCCCUAUAACUGAUUUUUAGUGAAUUUUUGUCUAUGAUGUGAGGUUCAUUUUUUCAUAUGGAUAUCCAUUUGCCCCAGCCCCACUGUGUAUAAUGCUUCCCCCUUGCCUGGCUUGCUCAUCCAUUAAGAGUCUGCUACAACAGAUGCUCUUCUGUGUGUAUCUCUGUCUUAGCAUUUCUCCAAUUGUCUUGCUGCCUGUUUGUUUCUUGGUCUUUAGUAGACUGCUGGCUUUUGGUGAGCAGAGGCUGUAUUACACGUUAUUGUAUUCCUGGAGGCCAGUACAGAAAAAGCUUUAAUAAAUGUUGCUUAGUUAUUAAAUGACUGCAGUAGCCAUUCCUAAGAACUGAAUGCACUUGUCUUGAGACCAGACUAUUGCCAGCCAAAUUCGUUGCCUGCCAAAAAUAUUUAUGGAGUGCCAGGGUCUCUUCUAAGCAGUGAAUGAGAAUCCUCGAGUCCCCUGCUCUCGUGAGCUUUUGUCUAUUUAUGGUGCAGGUGUUAACCAUGUAGGAGAAUAUUUUAGGCACCGAGAAAUGCUGUUACAGUGGUCCAGAUGAGAGUUGCUGGUGGCUUAAAUUGGACUGGUAGAAGUGGUAAGUGGUUGGAUUCAGGUUUAUUUAGGAAGAGAACAGGAUUUACUUAUAGACUGGACAUAGGUGGUGAGGGGAAGAGGAGAAUCAAGGAUUACUCCUAAUGGUUGAGGAAGACUUCGUCCCAGUUGGGGAGUGGAAUGAGGUUUGGGGAUGAGCAUCAAGAGUUCUUUCUUUGGCUCUUGAUCUUAUGGAUACAGUUCAUAAAGCUUAGAUAACCUGUAAAGGUGUGGAUUAGGCAGUUGGACGCAUAAAGCUGGGGCUCAAAGGAAUUGGUCUGAGUUGGAGAAAAAAAUUGAGAGUCAUCAUCAAACAGAUGGCACAGAAGCUGUGGCCUUGGAGGUCUCUCUUUUUAUUGAUUCCAGGAGUGAAUUCCAGUAAGAAGCAAAUGUGUUUUGACUGGGGUCCAGGGGAGAUGCUCGUGUGUGAAACCUCCUUCAACAAAAAAGAAAAAUCAGAGACGGUGCCAGGCUGCCCCGUUAUCUAUAUCAUCCGGAAGGAUGUAGAUGUUUACUCUCAGAUCUUGAGAAAACUCUUUAAUGAAUCCCAUGGAAUCUUUGUGGGCCUCCAGAGAAUUGAAGAAGAAUUGACUGGAAAAUCCAGAAAAGCUCAUCAUUUCAUUUUUUGUAGAUUGGUUCGAGUGAGUAAAAACUACCGAUCAGUCAUAAGAGCGUGUAUGGAGGAAAUGCACCAAGUUGCAAUUGCUGCCAAAGAUCCAGCCUGUAGCCGCCAGUUCAGCAGCCAGGUCUCCAUUUUGUCAGCAAUGGAGCUCAUUUGGAACCUUUGUGAGAUUCUUUUUAUUGAAGUAGCCCCAGCUGGCCCUCUCCUCCUGCAUCUCCUUGACUGGGUCCGACUGCACGUGUGUGAAGUGGACAAUUUGUUGGCAGAUGUUCUGGGCAGUGAGAAUCCAAGGAAACACGAGAGCUUCUGGAAGUUGGUGACCAUCUUGGUGCUGCAGGGCCGGCUGGAUGAGGCCCGACAGAUGCUCUCCAAGGAAGCCGACAGCAGUCCCACCUCUGCAGGCAUGUGCCGAAUCCUGGGGGACUUGAUGAGGACAAUGCCUGUGCUCAGCCCUGGUACCACUCAGACUCUAACGGAGCUGGAGCUGAAGUGGCAGCACUGGCACGAGGAAUGUGAGCGGCACCUCCAGGAUGGCACGUUCGCCUCCAGUCCUCACCUGGAGUCUCUCUGCAAGAUCAUGCUGGGAGACGAAGCUGCCUUGUUGGAGCAGAAGGAGCUUUUGAAUAACUGGUAUCAUUUCCUGGUGACCCGGCUCCUGUAUUCUCAUCCCACAGUAAAACCCAUUGAUCUGCACUUCUAUGCCCAGUCCAGCCUUGACCUGUUUCUGGGAGGUGAGAGCAGCCCAGAACCCUUGGACAACAUCUUGAUGGCAGCCUUUGAGUUUGACAUCCACCAAGUGAUCAAGGAAUGCAGCAUUGCCCUAAGCAACUGGUGGUUUGUGGCCCAUCUGACAGACCUGCUGGAUCACUGCAAACUCCUCCAGUCGCACAACCUCUACUUUGGAUCCAACAUGAGAGAGUUCCUCCUGCUGGAAUAUGCCUCAGGACUGUUUGCUCAUCACAGCCUCUGGCAGCUGGGGGUGGAUUACUUUGACUACUGCCCUGAGCUGGGCCGAGUCUCCUUGGAGCUGCACAUCGAGCGGAUCCCUCUGAGCACUGAGCAGAAAGCCCUCAAGGUGCUGCGGAUUUGUGAGCAGCGACAGAUGACUGAGCAAGUUCGCAGCAUUUGUAAGAUCUUAGCCAUGAAAGCUGUCCGGAACAAUCGCCUGGGCUCUGCCCUCUCUUGGAGCAUUCGAGCCAAAGAUGCGGCCUUUGCCACGCUGGUGUCAGACAGGUUCCUCAGGGAUUACUGUGAGCGAGGCUGCUUUUCCGAUUUGGAUCUCAUUGACAACCUGGGCCCAGCCAUGAUGCUCAGUGAUCGACUAACAUUCCUGGGCAAGUACCGCGAGUUCCACCGAUUGUAUGGGGAGAAGCGUUUUGUUGAUGCUGCUUCUCUUCUCCUGUCAUUGAUGACUUCUCAGAUUGCCCCACGGUCUUUCUGGAUGACACUACUAACAGAUGCCUUGCCCCUUUUGGAGCAGAAACAGGUGAUUUUUUCAGCAGAGCAAACAUACGAGCUGAUGAGAUGUCUGGAGGACUUGACCUCAGGAAGGCCAGUGCAUGGAGAGCCGGAUGCCCAGCGACUCCAGGAUGAUGACAUAGAGACCACCAAGGUGGAAAUGCUGAGACUUGCUCUUGCACGAAAUCUUGCUCGGGCAAUUAUAAAAGAAGGCUCAUUGGAAGGUUCCUGAGGCCAGCCGAGAGCUGCGGCAACAUGAAUGAUAUCUAUGGCAAUGUAUAUAAAUUUUUAGAAGAAUAAAUGUUUUCUUUUACAAAAAUCA